CCGUAACGAUUACAAAAGCUGACGUUUCAAACAUUAGCCCUUCGUCGGAGCGAAGGUUGCAAAAGUGUUGACUUGGGAGGGAAGCACUUCCUCUUGGUAGUGGUUUUACUCUUUAAUGUUAACCCUGACUUAAAAUACUGUCUCUGAGUAGGUCUCCCUCUGGAGCCCAAUUAAUGUUCAGAGACACCAACCUCUGGAGAUCUCAAAUCUAGAGAUUUGUUUUUAUGGACCACCAGCACCCCCCCAACUGAAUUUGCCUAUGCAACCCCCCCCCCAAAACAAAAGUUCAGACUGUGAACCUUCAAGUGUCAGUGAGCAUAUCGAGCAAUUUCAUGGGAAAAAUGUGGAUCUAUCUGUCAGGGAUUUCAAUUGGUCAAAUACUCAUCCAGUCAGACUCUCACUUAGAUAGGUGUAACAAAGAAGAAACUCUCUUUUUUGUUUGCAAUUAAUGAUGUGCAUUGCGCAAGAAAAUGAAGUCAGAAGCCGUAACACAAGCAUAAGAAGCCAAAUGAUUUUGGAAUUUUGGAACAUGUGGAGCUUAAAUCAUGUUUUUUGUGGGCAACUGAUCCAAACUUUCUUUUAUCUGGGAGUUUUGGUCAACCAUAUGGGAGAGCGGGAAAUUAGCUCUGUAUCCAGGAGACUCCCAGAUAGUCCAGGAGAGUUGGAAGAUAUGCUAUUGUUUUGGCAUCAAUUGAGGUAACUUAAGGAAUCCUUUGUCCAUUUUCCUUAAGCCAGAUCUCAAGAAUGGUAUGCCUUUCUGAGGGGUAACAAACCUAGAUAUGCUCUUUUCAUAACCACAACAAGAUCAUCAUUGAGAUGAAUGUAGAAUUUGAAUAAGACAUCAUCCAGUUUCUCUGUUUGCAGUUGCAGAAAAAGGUCAAAGCAGUUCUCUAAAAGACUUGCAUCAAAGCAAGAAAAAAGUUUUUAAUCAGUAGAGAAAUCUAAUUGCCCCGAAUGAGUAUUUUUUUUAUGCAAUAGAUGGUUUAAGGUCAGAAGUUACAGUUAGUUGUGUAGUCUGAUCAAGGACUGAGAAGGAAUUUAAUGAGAAGCAGUGACUGAUGCUUUGCUGAUAACCUGAAUGGAGGUUAUUAUCAGAGUCACGUGAUGUCAUUUCUGGUGUUAAGUGCAUUUGGUGAAGUUGCUUGACUUAGACAAUGUCUUCACCCCAGGUUUUCAAAAUGUCAGUCACUGUUACAGACUCUCUUCACCCACACGAUCAGACUACAUGACCAACCAUUCAAAUUAUCUGACCCUGCCGAGGAGGGCCUGGGUUUUAAAUUGAAUACUCUUCUUGUGAAUGAAACCAAAAGGAAUCUGAAGCAUUUUUAUUGAUCUACUGUUUGGGUUUAAGUAUGAAAGUGUUCAGUGCAGUCUUACACCCUUUGCAUGUGGAAAAAAAAUAAGUUAAAUUUUUUAUGGCUCAUUCUUUGCAGAGAAAGUUGAGUAUGAGCUGUGUCAAAUAAGCUAAACUGACUGUUUAAAGUUUAAUAAAUCACCACGAAAUGAGUUGAGGAAACUUUAGGCAUUUGCAGCUAAAAGAAAGCUGCAUAGUUAGUCAAUAUAAAAUUGGGUUGUGUCAAGCAAAACAAGGCGGAGAGAGGUAUGCAGGGCUCUGGCACUAGUGCUAGACCCCUGCACGCGACUUUGGCAAUUCCCUCCCACGCUAUUGUGACUUUAACUUCAGCUUUUCCUUUAGCUUACAUAAAAUGCUGAAGAUGCUAUCGCUUUCUGCUUAAAGUAUUGAAGGGGAAAAAAACGGAUCUAAAACUUUAAGCCGGCGCAGGAAUCUUACAAAUGUGGCAAACUUGUAGUUUCCAUGCCAACACAUUAUGCCGCAGCAAAAACACGACGGGAAUUGACAGCUGAAGGGAGUUAUCUUCGUAUAGAACCAAAUUCCUUUCAUAAUCUAUAAGGAAUGAACAGAAGUUAGAGAGAAGACCUUCUUAUCGUCAGAUCAGGAGUUGUUCACGACCUGGCACUUAACAAAAGAAAUAUCUCUCGCAACCAUCAAGAAUAGUCCAUUAGAACUGGUGUUAUAGAAGCAGAUAUGAGUAGUGCUUCCGAGUGGAACCUGAAAUUCUGAUAAAUUUAGCCCGUAGAAGCGUGGUUGGAAAUUUUUCUGCGACAGUAGCUUGCAAUAGUUUGAAUUUCCGAACGGAACGGAAUGCUCAACAGUUCGCUUUAAAAUGCUCAAAGGCCGAGACGGAUCACAGCCGUUUUUUCUUAAGUAUCUAUUAUUGUAUAAAUUAUUUAAACCGUUAAGGCGCAUUUUCCUCUCGCAUCACUCGCGCCAUUUGUGUCCUUGCAUUAUAAAAAUAUGCGUGAAAUUUUCCUGUUUAUUGCGAGUAGUGAGGUCACACUGUUAAAAAAAAACUUGCUUUCACACGUCAAUCUACGAAAUAGGAAAGAACUAUAUAUAGCGGAACGAAAACUUAAGGCGAUUUGGUAAGCAUCUGAGUUUUUUCAGCAUUUUUCUAUAUUGCGCUCUGGCUGGUAAAAUGCGGCGAUUUUAUCUUGUUUUAUGUCGAUAGAUUCAAUUUAGAGGGACGUAACUACUUGCGGUUGGGAUAACAUAGAUUACUGCCAGAAUGUCUCUGUUUAAAUAAAGCAGACUCGAAGAUAAUUGAGUUAACUCAAGGAAUUGCAUAACACUGCAGUUGUAGAAAAAUGUCAUUAGAACAUGAUAUUAGAAUUGACACGACAGAAACUUUUUAAGAAGCUCACUUUUUUUAGGCUUGUCUUUCAAACUGAAGAGUUGUUCCCAACGUACUGUUGCAGUUCCAGGUAACUAUGCGUGAAAUGUGGUCAAUUCCAAAUUAAGUUUGACCGUGAAGCACACGAAAAUGAAAUCUGCCACAUCAAUCUAAUUUAAUAAAAUGUUAUUUAUAGCAUUUGCAAAACACCUAAGACCAAAAUAAUUGGUUAGAAAAAAAAAAGAGAAGUAACACACCUACACUUUUUUCACUUUUUCUCCUGUCUGAGCUAAAGAAGAAAAAUCUUUUGUGUCCUUUGUAGAUAGUCGUCGUGUACGACUUCAAACAGAUGUUAAAUCUGGUCAAACUUUAGGAUGACGGUAUUUCAAAAGGUUUACACGUAAUCUUACAUGAUACCGAAAAAAGUAUUUUAACAAACUAAUACUGAUAAUUUCCACUCGAUUGAGUUCACAAUGUCUAGAUCUUCAGUCUCUGCGGAAAUAUUGUCGAACUCUGUUUUUAGCCGGGGGUAAAAAUAUAUGAGCGAUAUAGUAAGUGCUUGAAGAAUUUACUCUUUGCAUUUUGCAAUGAUAUUUGAAAACGUUGUUCCCGUAUUGGCUUUUAUCGGAUUUAGUUUGUAAUAAGUAGGCGCCUACAUUAUGGCAUCGUUUUAAAACGUUUUUCGAGGGCGUGCACAAACCACUCGGAGCAAUCAGUAAAUGCUUCGAAACAACUGCCCUUACAUUAAUCUACACUGUUAUAGUGCUUUGCAAAUUUAAAAAGUGUAGACCUGAUUCUACUGGUACGGUUGAAUCGAAAGAGGAAUCGUCAUUGAUGCGGCUACGCUUUAAGCUUUUUUCGCAUAGCAGUAUUUUUGUUAUAAAUAGCAGCAUUUUUCUAAAGGCAAUAUCUUGACUCGUGUACUCGGAAAGUAAUAUUUCUCUGAAACACAUCGUCGCUGUAUUAGCCCAUGAUUGGAUUUGGACAAUAGCAUUAUUUGACUUCCCCUUGUCCGAACGUUAAAAAGCCGUAUUUGUCGAAUAGUGUCAUGUCGUAUCAAGCGGAAACUAAACUUGAAACAUAUUAAGGACUAACAGCUUUCGUGGUUUGACGUGAAAUCAACUGUUACGUAUGCCUGACUUCUAUAAGGAGCCUAUUGAAAAUUACAUUUUAUUUAAUUUUAGUUUUUUGUUCAAGCUUCUCGUUUAAUAUAUUGUCCAAAUUGUGAAAACUGACGUUGAUUUUCUUGUAGAGCCAAUAUCUUUUCUUAUGAAAAGUUCAACCAUAUUGUUAAUUGUUAUACAUGUCAACAUAGUGUAUUCGUAGUCGCUUGUCUAUUUUUCGAUUAAUUACAAGAAGAUAUGAUACGACAAUUCUCUGUGUGGUAAUAUAACUUGGAGUCACAAUAGAUACGACGAAAAGAAAUCAAUAUUGACUAAAUGUUAUCUUUUGGAAAAUUACCUCGCAAUUGUCUCUGAAAACGUUAGUUAUGAUGGUCUGGAUGUGAGCGAAAGCUGUGAAGAUAGCCGGAAAACGUUUGUUAGAUCCGUGUUUUCGUUUAAGCUGACACCGAGUUUUAUUCGAGGUUAUCUAGUAAUGAUAUCAAAGUCAACCAUACUGGAGAUAUUCUCCGGAAAGGGACCUAAUAUCGUUGACUUCCCACUCGACCUUAAAAAAAGAGCAGGUAUUUGAUGUAAGCUUUUCGGCACCACAGAAAUAAGUCUCUUGAAAUGAAGAAUGAAGAUUAAGUUAUAUUGGACCAGUUGUUACCAAACCUUUACUGUAAACCACGCCAAAGAAUCUGAAAAUCCUUUUAUCGUUAUGAAGGUGGACAGCCCUUCAGGUUUGUUUAAGUCAUCUGCAUCUUUUUCUCUGGUGGAUAACUAUGUUAUAGCGGUAAAUAGGGGUUUGUGCGAUAUAAAUAAUCUUCCCAAGGGUCUACGAUUGCUGGUGAGUGUGUGACAUCACUAUAUAUUGCCCGGCAUCAAAUCAUCUUGAAGUCUUGCUAGCGCGAAUACGCGACAACCUCAAUCUCCGCGCGAUAAUGGACGAAGAAACAAGCUCAGUUGUUCUCCUUCCCGAAGUGAAAGUAGAACCUAUGGAAAACCCGGAAAAUAAUGGUGACAGUGAAGAAAGUUCGGUUGGAAGUCCAACGGACGAAAAUUCGCUCCCCCGUUUUGGUGAAAGUUCAGAAGAAGACAUUCAAAGGUUGUUGGAGCAUCGCUCUUGUAGUGAAAAUACAUGGAGGUCCACAAAAAAUGCCGUGAAAAUUCUCCGCGACUACAUGGAAGAAAAAAGUAUGGAUGUUAACUUCGAGAACUUGGAUAAGGCAGCGUUGAAUGAUCUUUUGCGUAAAUUUUACGUCGAAGCCCGCAAAAAGAACGGCGACUACUACAAGUCUUCUGCUCUGGGAAGCAUACGCUUUGGUAUCCUGCGGUACUUACAGUCACAACAGAGCAAUAUAGACAUCAAAAAUGACCCUGAAUUUACCGAAUCAAACAAAAUUUUUAAAGCUCAGGUGGAGAAGCUCAAAAAGCAAGGCAAAGGCGAGGUAAAUCGUUCCGACAUUGGCCCAGAUGACCUAAAGAAGCUUUACCUGAGUGAUGUCUUGUCGCCAUUCAGCGCCGAUGGCUUGCAACGGAAAGUGUUCUUUGACCUGCUCAUGUAUUUGCCUGGAAAACGGAAUCGUAGUAACGUGAGAGAACAAACCCGGGACACGUUUCUCGUGGGCUAUGAUUCAUCUACUGGCUUGAAGUAUAUUUAUCCUAACCCAGCACAUUGUGAAAAUGUUUUUACCGAUGGAAAAUGUCCUCGAAUGAAUGAGAAACCAGGAAACCCAAGAUGUCCGGUGGCGUCAUUUCUGAAGUACCUGUCGAAGCUGAACCCAAUGAACUUGUACCUAUGGCAGAGACCAAAGGCAUCCUUCAAACAUCACGCUUGUGAAGAUGACCCCAUUUGGUAUGAAAAUGCUGCAGUUGGGCACAACUCCUUAGGGGAAAUGAUGACAAAUAUGUCCAAGCUUGCACGGUUGUCCAGAAUUUACACAAACAACUGUAUCAGAGGUACUUAUGUGGCAAUUCUCGACAGCUUGGUCGAAGACUACCCUCUCAUCACUACUUUAGUAUCCAUACCCAGCUCCCAAAGAUUCCAACAUAUUCUCCCCAGAGAUCCUUGUGAUGAACGUCCAACCAUGGUGCCUGUUACUGGAAAGUAUAUCUCAAGUUCAGAAGGGAAAACAUCCCCAAGAACCAAUGAAGGAGCCCCACCAUCUAGUGCAGAGUCCAAUAGAGAACAGGCUCAACUCACAAAGAUAAUGGUUCCAGGGAAUUUCUCUCAUCUCCAACACCACCCUGGCAAGACAAGAAAUUCUCCUCCUCAAGAAAGUAAUGGAAUUGAUCAUCGUGAGAAGCAAAGGGAUGGAGGCCCAACAAGUCCAACAGAAUCUGUUCUUGGCCUUCCAUACCAUUCCAGUCAUAGAAAUCUCCACAGUCCCUUUGUUGCGUACAGAUUUUCUCAGCUUCAUGCAGCUUCCCAAAAUAACCUAGCACGCAAUCUGCACCAACCAUCACCUAAGACUUCUCUAAGUUUAUCUCAGGGGUCAGUAACUCGGGCAGGAAGUAACCAUGCAGGGCUUGCAAAUUCAAGAGUUGUUUAUUGUCAAACAUUGCCAGCAAUGGCCUCAUCAUCAACGUUGUCACUCACUGCGCAUCGCUCAAGUGAUAAUAGUCCAAUGACAGGAAGUCCUCUAACCACUCAUGUGCUGGACACAGCCAGAGGUUCACCAGCUAAGAACUUGCCAAUUCAGUUGUACUUUGAAGAAAUGCGUCCAGACAGUAGAAUGUGGAAACAUAUUACCUCAGGGGUAACUAAUGCUGAUGGUAGAGUACCCAACUUACUAACUCAAGAACAGUUUAUACCUGGUAAAUACAUGAUCAGAUUUGAGACAGAGGCAUACUUCAAGGACAUUGGGGUUUCUUCAUUUUUCUAUCCAUAUGUAGAGAUCGUGUUUCUCGUCAAUGACUCAUCUCAGCACUAUCAUGUUCCUCUUCUUCUCAGUCCGUUCUCUUACUCAACCUAUCGUGGAAGCUGAAACCUCAUGUGGGCUACUUCAAAGUGGAUACACAGCUGAUGAUUGUCAGAAAAAUGACAAGCUUGUUUACAAAGGCAAUUUCUAAUUUUGUUAUUGGUGUAGGCUGGUGUAAAUUUAGGGACAGGUCUUGUUUGGUUCAUUUUAAGAUACAGUUGCAGAUGUUUUCUUCCAAAUUUUUCAAGAGCUACAACAGAAAGCUUUUGGCAUGUUUGUUAAAUAAAGUUAUACUUUUAUUGUAUCUUUUUAAUUUUUGUUAUUCAGACCCUAUUGAUACAAGUUCACGGUUUAACUCUAGCUGAUAUAAUGUUGGGGUGUGACUAGAACUUCCAUGAAUUUUCAUAUCUUAUCACAACUAUCUAAAAUGGUCUAGAUUAAGCCUGAUAAGUGACAUUAGUCCAGCAUCCUUUCACUGACCUUUGGCAGCCUCAUGCUUGCUUAGAUUUGCAGGGUCUCAAUAGAUAAGGCUUGCGCCUGUUGCUAUUUUCUCUCACCUUAAAGCUUUGUGCCACUGUGUCCUAGUAAGAUAUCAGACAUGCAGAACGAGGUAGAUUUAGUGUUUCCAAGCUCUCAAUCAGGGAGGAGAAAGUGGACCCAAUGCUCAGAAAACUGUAAUCUCUUAUUUUUCACACUAACCAUGGCACUAGAACCUUUUAGUUGAGCUGCAAGGUUCUAGUUCUGGGACCAAACUGGUCUACAUGGCUUUAAGUGCCUGACCAUGCACUUAGGAAUAUUCUGAUUUGCUUCUAGUUUCUAAGCACAAAUUACUCCAUUUAAAAAUAAAUUCAAGGUGACUGUUGGUAUUCUUUGCAGCCAUUAUAAGACUUGUUCAGACUUUUUUCAGAGGGAGACAGCAACCGAAGAAGGUUAAUACUAAUUCUAGUGUGCUUUAAUGCUAGUAAAUUGACUGUGUGGUCAUCAUUUUAACCCUACUUGUGCUGACCAAAGAGGUGCCACUGAUAUCUUAAGAAAAGUUUACCCUAUUUGGAGCAAACAUUGGGGAGAC